AUGGAGAGUUCCUCAUCAAAUCGGGCCAGAUGGUCUGGCAAUUCCGACAAUAAUGAGGGCCAGCCAUGGUCCUUCGGAAAAGCGAUUACCUGUGGCUCUGUUGCUGGCUUUUCUGGGGGAGGCAUGCCGGGGACUUAUCCAGUCUCACCUGACACCAGUGGCAGCCCCCGCAACUUUGAUCCUGACGAUCCAGGAGAGGGGAUAUGGCAUAACCACAGUACCAGAAACAGUCUUCGAGGUACUACGGUAAGUCGUGGCUCAGCGUCUGCUGCCUCUGAUUUUGUUGUCGACAUCGAAAAUCUUAAGGUCGAUGCUGGCAACAAUGAGGCGGACGCUUUCCACACAGCAAGAACAGGCUUUGUCCAACAGCCAUCGCCGGUGUACCGUAAUGGUAUUGCCAACAUUUAUUCCCCUACUCCUACACGCCCAUACCACCAUUCAAAUACGUGGUCGAUGUCUGACUUUGGUCAGGCAUCUGAAGAUCUUUCCCGUCACUCUGGGAACUUCUCGCAUUCGAGAAGCAAUGCUUUAUCUGGAGUCUUUACUCUCGAUGUUCCUCAGCAGGCUCUGACAAGAGUUAAUUCCGCGGUUUCCCCUCAUCGGGUUGCUACACCUGAUAUCGGUAUCCAACUCGCUGCUUAUGCAAUUGCGGACAGUAUCCUGGGUUACAUUUUCGGAGCAGUCAAAGGAUUCUUUUCUUGCAUUGGCUCCAGACGCAAAGAUCCUAGGCCCGAAGAGCCACAUGAUGACCAGACUCAUGGCAUACCUGUAGCUGAAUUUAUCAUCACUAUCGAUGAAGCGAGUGUCCGGGAGGGAACAAUAUCAUCCGAAACUGAACUUGACUAUGCAACUGAAAUGGAGCGGAUCAGGAAUGUUCAGAUAGGGCUUGCUGAUGAAGAGGAGCGUCCACAAUCGGUUCUCCUUCCACCAUGCCCCGUAUAUGUUGCGGAUCAAUUCACACGUCCCAGAUCGAAAUCAUUUACCCUUCCACCAUCCCUCCUAUAUGAUGCAGAGGAACUACGUCCCAGAUCGAGGCCGAUCAGUUAUCCAGGCGCCCCAGACGGCGAAGGUAUAGCUACUGUCAAACAAGAAAUUACGACAGAGAUGUACGAAGAACUUGAUACAAUCAACGAUAUCCACACUGGGGAGGAUUAUUCUUCCAGUGACAUCGACGAUUACCAUAAAGUGCUCAGGAAUGGCAUUGGGACUGAAGUGGGAGAUUACCACGAAACCCUCAGAGACAUUGAAGCAGCCCAAAUCAGGCCAGGUGAUUAUGAAGUAUAUACUCCGAUCCCUAAGAAACUAAAGAGAAAAGGCAAGGAACGUCUGAGUGAUUUCCUUUCCCCAAUUGUGGAUGUAGCUUCAUCGGUCAGGACAUUUCUGUCUUCAACAAUAUCCAUCGGGCAUGAAGAGGACGACAUUGGCUUUACUUCCUCCGAGGAUGCAUCCCCUUCGACACCUACACUCAUCAGAGCAGCUAUCGGUACCAGCAUUACCAACGCGCGUAGAGUCGCCGGUCUUUCCCGAAAUGGGGACGGUAUCGCUGCAGAUGCAGACACUCCCGAGGACAACCCUAAGCUCUUAGCACUCUUUGGGGGAAAGAAGCCCCCCGAAGAGUAUCUCCGCCCUCGAACUCCCCCAUAUAACAAGUCCAACUACGAAUUCCUGACGAAAGAGAUUCGCUUCCGGAGGAGACAACUCGACUUGAAGGAAGAAACCGAGGAAAGCCUUUAUCUCUUCAACAAUAACAUGUGGGGAGACGAGAGCUUGGGAUACGAAAUCUACGAGUCCGAAGAAACCACAGGAGAAAUCGUUGAAGAGGACAGUCUCCACGAUGGCUCUGAAGAGGAACAGCUUGAAGAAGAGGAAAUCCCGGAAGAGGGGGUUUAUGAAGAGCACUCUACUUGUGGUAAUUCUGAAAUAAAGGAUUCUGACAGCGUCAUCGUAGGAGAUAGUAUGGCCCAAGGGGAUUCUGACAGCAUCGCUGAAGAAGAGAAUGUGCACAAAGCGGAUGUAGACGAAUACGUCAAAAUGCAUCGUGAUCAACAAGACUUUAAGCAAGCUUUCACUACGAUGUUUGAAGACAAAAUGAUUUUCGACGCAGCUCAUCCCGACAGCGGCACUCCAGACGGCUCCGAGUGUGGCCCAUCUGACUGCAGCAACGAUUUCGAUGGCUGCAAGGUGCUAGGAUCACCUACCUCUGGUAGCGAGAACAACUUCGAUCUCUCUCUAGUAGAAACCCCAGUGGUCGAACGUCGCAUCAGUGCCAUAAGCACAAUCAGCACCACUAGUGUUGUCUCGAAGACAGAGGCAAUCAAAGUUCUGCGCCAAGAAUUGCAUCACCUUGGUAUCGGAAGCUCAGGAGAUCCCCUUAUAGACAAGUUGACAUGGACUUCUCGUCACACAAGCAUUGUGAGCGUUGUCGAGAGGCCAGAUUCGUUCCGGAACCUGGUCGACCUCUUUGGAGAUGAGGAAGAGUCCGAAGAUGACUCAAAGAAAACCAAACUCACUUUUGGUGGAAACAAACCCUUGUUUCGUAGGGAUCAAAGAGCAAAUGCAACAAAUGACUAUGUACCGUCUGAGAUGGGACACGUUUCUUACUAUCUCCGGGCCGCCGAAGUCAAGCAGGGCAUCGUCAGCGAGACGAGUGCCAAUUUUCGCAAAGAAAGUGCUGCUCGGAUGUCAUAUGCUCACCUGUACGAUGCAGAAGACCUAGUUGCUUCUGACGAAGAUGAGCAAGAACAUGAGAAGGAGUAUAAACGAUACUACGAGGAGCAACAUCGGCUCCAGUGCGGUUAG